ACUCACGGACCAGGCCGUGCUCAGAGAGGACACAGCAGCAUAACUGUUAAAGAAACAGUAACAACUUACGCAACUGGAAUCUUCACCACGUGGUUUGAAAAUAUAAACGAGACAGACUUUCACCGUCAGUAAACUUCCUGGCUAAAGGUUACCGUUCGUUACUUGUGGAAGCUGAAAUAGAGGAAGAGAGAGAGAAGGGCAUUAAUAACUGCAGCACGCAACUACGAGAGACAAGAUAAGGCUGCUGGUGUGGCACUGCGUCACGUGACUGACCACAAUGGCACCACGCACUGCUACCUCCGUCGCGCCUCAGGCGGUCGUUGUGCAUGACCUCGGGGCCCAGAAGAGCAGCGGGAUCGUUACGCCCAUCCACCACAAGAAACACUCGCAUCACGCCAACAUGACAGCGAAACAGGCUCGACAAGCAAUUGUGAGUGCAGCGAGAGACGGCUACCUGAGAAGCGUGCAGCAGCUGUUGCAAAAGACGGGACCAAGUGUACUUCGCGGCAGCACACUGCUGCACGUGGCAGCAGAACACAACCAGGUGUCCGUGGCGCUUUUCAUGAUGCAGUUCAUCAGCCCCAACGCUGUCAACGCGGACGGCAACACGCCGGCUCAUCUGGCGGCCAGGAGGGGCCACACCCAGGUGCUGAGUAUGCUGCUGCGUGACCCCUUCCUGGAUAUCACCAAACGUGACCGCUCUGGCUACACUUUCAAACAAUGGCUUUGUGUGCCGCUGUUUGACGCGGUUCUAAAGUGGGACAAUGUCAAGAUCAAAGAUCUGCUGAGUGUGGGCGCUGACCCUGACCUGGACGCCGGGGGCGUGGUGGGCGGCGCGCUGGUGCGAGAGUUGCAGGUCACCACUGCUCGCCAGCUGGCCCGUGCCCUAGGACGGGAUCAGCAGAUUGCCCCCAUGUUUGGAAAGAUUAGCGCCGCAAAGGCAGCACUAACAGACACCAUUCUACGACAGCCGCCAACGUCGGGAGACUCCGGCAAGGUGGAUCCUUCUGCCACACUGGAAGGCCGCAGCGCCACUCUCCGCCAACUGCCGAUGGGCUCCCUGAGGCUGCAGGUGGCCCCCUCUGAGGCGGUGGCUGGGGGACAUGACGUGUACCAGACCAACGACUCUUCUCCCGGCUACGUGUGUGUCCUGAACUACGGCGCCUUCCAGGAUCGCCCUGACCUGCACCUUGGCGGUUCCGAAGCUGACGCCCACAACGUGGCCAGCGUGUUCAGCAAGAUGGGCUACACCGGCCACACUCACUUCUCCCUCACUGCUGACCAGACCAGGCAGGAGCUGACGAGGUUGCAGGACAUGCAGGAGGUGCGUCAGGCUGCGUGCCUCGUCUUCGUCAUCUCCAGCCACGGCACGUCUAGGCAACAAUUCCUCACCAGCGACAUGCAACUCCUGCACACUCAAUGGGUGCUCGACCUCUUCAAGGACUCGCAGUGCCCUCACCUGAAGGACAAGCCCAAGGUGUUCCUGUGGGAUCUGUGCCACGGCCAAUACAGAGAGAACCACAUCCAAAGCGACGCAGCUCCUCAACACGGCAGACUAGAUGAGCCGCUGCGGGACGUGGUGUGCGUGCACUCCAGCAGCGGAGGCUUCACCAACUACACCUUCACCAGGGACGGCACGCCCUUCACCAAGGCGUUGUGCCGCACCCUGGCACACCAUGCUCACCACAAGGACUUCGACGAGCUGUACAGGACAUUCCUCGCUGAGUACUGCAAGCUCGCGCCUGGUGUGGUGCCUACCCUUACCAACAUUGGCUUCAGCAAAAGAUUCUUCUUUAACCCAAGACCUGAGGCCAACGCGUGAGCUCAAUGGUUGUGCUUCCGCCAUUUACAUAUGUGCUGAUCUGAUACCAAAGAGAGCGUUAAGUAUGCGCGUGAGGUGCAAGACACCGUGGUCACCAGGGAAAGCUGCUGCAGAGACUGUGGAGUCUUAAAACUAACUCUGUGGAAUCAUAAUUUAAAGAGAUAUACGCACUUGUAUGGUGAGCCCAGACUGUAUGCGAGUGUCUGGGUUUGAAUCUGUCAGCGUGUAGUGUGUACAGAUUGUAUGCAUAAAGAUUUUAUGAAUGUAGUUUUAGUGGUUACUUUUAUUAAAUAUCACAUUUG